AUUUCCCCAUUCAAUAAAAUAUCUUGCGGCCAUAUUGCAAUACGACGACGGCAGAAAAGUGAAUUUUUUCUUUCGACUUUUUUUGUUUAAUAUUUUUGAAAAAAUUGUUAAAAAAUAUUCAAAAAUAAAAAUAUCUUUUUGAAACCAACACGAUUUUUGUAUUUAAGGAAAAUUUAAACAAAGAUUUUUUAAUAAAAAAAAAAUUCAGUUUUUAUUGUGUGUGUUUAAAAAAAUCAUAGAAAAAAUUCUUUUAGUAAAAAAAAAAUAAUUGCAAAAAAAAAAAAAACCAAAACAGAAAUUUUUUGGUAUAAAAAAGUUAUAAAAGGAAAAGACAAAAAAAAUUUUCCUAGUAAAAAAAAAGUAAAAGGAAAAAAAAAAUCAUUUUUUUUUCUAAGCAAAUUUACGCUCUCAAAAAAAAAAUUAUAUAUAUUUCAUAUUUAAAAAAGUUAAAUAAAAAAAUAAUAAUACAGAAAUGACCGAUUCAAUGAAAUUUGGACCUGAAUGGCUUCGUAAUAUGUCUAAUGACAAUCUGAAUAAUUCAUCAUCAGCAAUCAGUAACAACUCCAGUUACAGUCACAAUAACAGUGGAAGCGUUGGAGGCGGUAAUAGCAAUACUGGCAACAGCGGUUGUAGUAACAGUAACAUAAUAACCUCAUCAACUUCAUCCACAUCAUUAGCACCACGUCAGUUAGCCGAAUUUCGUUAUGGUAGAGAAGAAAUGUUAUUACUAUACGAUAAAAAUAUGAAAGCGCCAGAGAUUCUGCCUUCGUACAAAAAAUUAUAUGUUGAAAAAUUACAAUGUCCUUUAGCAUUAACACCAAGUACAGAAGAUGAAGUACCAAUUCCAGUUUCAAUACAACAAAGGCCAUGGUCGCUAAGAAGUCCAGUAGGUUUUAGCGGAUCAUCUUCAAUACGCGGUACAGGUCGAGGAGUUUCAAUAGGACGUGGGGAACGUGGAAAAUCGCGAGGAUCAUUUUUACAUACGAAUAUUGGUAGUUAUCAACGUCCAACUGCUGUGUAUGAUUUAAAUACUGGGGUUGCCGAAAGAAGUUGGCCAGAACGUAAUGGUGCUGCUAAUAAUGAUAUUAAUAGUGCUGAAUGGAACGGUUCCCCAUCAUCAAGUCCACGAAAAGAAUUUGUGCCGGGUGGAGGAAUGAGUGGUGGUAAUUCUCAUCCACCAAUAGGUAUCGGUCUCAGUGGUCGUUCUUCUAGUAAUUAUAUGGAUAAUUGGCGUAGACAAAGAAUGGAUGAAGAAAACUCCACUGCACCUGUAGAAGGAUGGCGUGGUCAUAUGAUGACAAAUUCUUGUAUAAAUAAUUCAAGUGGAAGUAGUAUUGGUACUAGCUACAGGUGGGGUCGUUCCACCAGUUGGAGAGAAGAUGAUAAUAGUACUGGAAGUGCGGCAUGCAUGCAAAGAUCAUUUAGUAAUACCGUUACUACUGCGUUAGAUCAUCGAAAUUGUCUUGGAGGUCAUAACAGUGGAUCUUUUUCAAAUCAUCAUCACCAUUCUUAUCUAGGGCAAAGUAAUUCGAGUAGUGGGAAUAAUUCGCUAAAUAGUAACAAACAUAAUUCCAUACGUAGCAGUAAUUCAACCGGAAAUUCUGUGCAGUGGAAUAAUAAUUCUGAGCAAGAAGAUUUAUUACCAGAAUGGGCAACUGAAAAUCCCACGGAUAGCGGCGGUAGUUUUGAUGCUACGGGAGCAUUUCAUGGAUCAAAUGAUGAGGAUGAGGAAAAUCGAAGUACCGGUGAUAGUAACGCCAGUAAUGGAGCUGAAAAUUGUAAUACUAUUAGCCUUAAUAGACGAGAAAAAAAGACUACUACUGAUAUUCAUAGUAGUGAAGGGAGUGAGUCAAAUAAUAAGAAUGACUCAAAUAUCAACAAUAAUGGUAAUCAAAAACUAUCUAAUUGUACAUCUGAUAGUUCUUCAAACUCAUCGAAAACCUCAAAUGAUAACAAAACAAGAAAAAAAGAAUCUGGCUUAAGUAGUGGUUUGAGUGGUGAAUCAACUGGCAACUCAUUUUCCGUUAGUUCUACAACAGAUAAUAAAAACGAGAUCAAUAAAUUGAAAUUAAAAGAAUCUGACUUAAAUAACAAAAAAUCAGUUGAAAAUAUUGAAAAAAAUGAUUCCACAAGAAAUGUGAUUUCAGACAAUAAUAGUAAGGAAAACAAAAUUACGGAUAAUGAAAACAAUGAUACAAUUAUUUCUAAUAUUGAAAUUUUAAAUAGUUCUAAAAUAAAAAAUACUAAUGUUGAAACUGAUAACAGUGCCUCAGAAUUAGGGAAGUCAGGUAUAUUGUCUAAUGUAAAUGAGUUUUCAAAUAAAAAUUCAACCCGGGGUGAUAAUAAUUUUUCAUCAGAAAUAUCCGAUCGAAUGCAAGAAGUAGAUGAUAUGGUAGCUAAAUUAAUAACUGAUGAUGAUACAACUUCAUCUAAAAAACAGCAACUAAAUAAGAAAACAAAUUCACCAACUAACUCUAACUCAAUCCAACCUCAUCAACCCCAGCAACAACAAUCGCAACAUCAGCAAAAACCGCAAAUGUCGCACCAAUCAUCUAGUUUAUCAAAUAAUACAUUAGGAAAUCAAGUUUUACCGCAACAAAUAAUUCCCUCUCCAUCAGGACAACCACCACCUCAUUCAUUGACUAGUCAAACGACAUCAUCAGUGGCUUCUAGUAAUGAUUGGUAUUAUCGUGACCCUCAAGGUAAAGUUCAGGGUCCAUUUACUGCUACCGAAAUGGCUGAAUGGUAUAGAGCUGGUUAUUUUGAUGAAAAUUUGUUCGUGAGAAGAGCAUGUGAUAUACGUUAUGCAGCGCUUGGUGAGCUUGUUAAAUUAUGUGGCAAUGGUAUGCCAUUUUUAUCAUCACAUUUAAUACCACCAUUAACUGAUAUUGCACCAACGCCGCCACAUCCUCAACAACAAGUUCAUGCCCAGAAGCACCAAUCUUUAAGUAACGCACCCCCACUUUCGCAGCAUGGUAGCAUUUCAUCAACUUUACAACAACAACCUGGUGGACUUAAUAGCGGUUCCGUAGGGAAUAAAAAUGCAUCUAUUAGUUCGGCAGUUUUAGGGGCGGGACCAAAUCCACAAAACACUUUAAAUGUAGGGAAUAGUCAUAAUAAUACACCUGAGCAAAUACUUCUUAUGCAACAGUUGUAUUACUUGCAAAAACAAUUUUAUUUAAAGCAUCGUGCAGCGAUUUUAUCUCAAUUGACGCAAUCUGAACCUUGGAAUAUGCUUUCGCGUGACCAGCAACAAAUUUUAUUAAAUCAACAAAUGUCACAAAUUGCGUACCCUGAAUAUUUAAAUAGUUUGCAGGCUCUUAGUCAAUCUUUAAAUGUAAUGUCGCCUAUAUCAUAUAAUUUACAUCAAAUUCUUGCAGCGGGGAAACAAGAAAUAAAUCAGACAAAAGUUAACCCCAGUUGGUUUAACACUUCAAGUAAUGGGAGUUUACCUACAAUUUCCACUGCUAAUGAUAGCAGUAAAACGAAUGAAUUCGCUACUUCAGGUUUUAAUUUUCAUAAUUUAAUGCAUCAACAGCUGCAACAAAAUGUGUCUAAUUCAGGAACGACUGGAUCUUCAACGUCUCUUUCGAACCAAAUAGGCAAUCAUCAAACUUCUAACAACGGUGGCACAGGUGGAGCAAAUAAUGACCAAAAUGAUCCCAUAAAAUCAUUAUUAAUCCAAUUACAAAUGCAAAAAGCUGUUGCAGCAGCUUCCUCUAAUGUUUCAGUUAUGAACAAUAUGAAUCAAUGGCCUACCGCUGCAGCUGCUGCAGCAGUUAAUUUAGUUCAGCAGCAUCAUUUGCCACAACAACAUCAUCAACAACAAACUCCGCAAACAUGGGCGACGGCAAUUUCCAGUAGUCAAAAUUCAAUAAAUAAUAACAUGGCGACGCCAACGCAGUUAUCAAGUCAAAGUAAACCUCAAAUUAGUAUGUGGGAUUUUGGUGCAUUAUCUUCCAUGCAACAGCAACCUCAGUUGGGGAAACCUGAAAUGAAAACUGAAAAGCAAAUCAUUGAAGAGCAAAUGCAGCAACAACAUCAACAUAUGCAACAGCAACUUCAGCAACAAAAUCAACAUCAUAAACUACAACAGCACCAUCAUCAACAGCAACAAGCUCAUAACCUGCAACAAAAGACUAUGCAAGAUGAAAUAGAUAAGCUGUUUCAACGUCAUCUUACGGCAUCAACGGUUCAACCGUUUAAACAAGAACAAAAUAAUCUUCAAAAUGAGCAAUCAAAACAUCCGAUAAAACAGCAGCAGCAACCUCAAGAAGUUCAAACCCAAUCUCAACAAAGUUCACAGCAACCGCAAAAGACAUCGCAACAACAACCUCAACAGUCAUCGCAACAUCAUCAACAACAGCAACAGCAGCAACAAGAAAAUCAACAGCCGAAACAACAAAAGCCACAACAGCAAAAAACCCAAAAACAACAAUCAAAAGUACAAAAUUCAGAAGAACAACUUGCAAAUCAAAUAAAUAGUAGCCAACAACAAUCCAGUCAACAAAAUUUAACAGGAAAUGCUAUUUAUAACAACAAUCAUAGUAAUGUUACAAGUAAUCGAAAGGAUGUAAGCAGUGAUAAGAGUCAUAAAAAAGAAAAUGAUGAAAAAAUUAUUGCAACUACGCAAAAGCAGCAACAACCCGCGCAGCAACUGCAGGUAAAAGAUAAUGAAGAACCAUUUAGAAAAGCUAAUACUAAAAAUAGUAGUAAAAAGGAUAACAAAAAGCAAGUGCAAGCCCAGAGUAGUGAAGAUGAUCGAAAACGUGAAGUAAAUGAUGAUAAACGGAAACAAAAAGAUGAUAAAAAACAACGCCACCAAUUAGAAGACGAAAGAAAGCGACAACAACAAAUUGAAGAGGAAAAAAGGAGAGAAAUUUUAGAUGAAGAAAAACGUCAAAAAGAUAUUGAUUUAACCCGUAGACGGGCAAUUUUCGAAGGCUACCAACAAACAACGGAAUCAAAACAACAAAAAAGUCAACGUGUAGCUGGAUCUUCGAUCGCUCCGUGGUCAAACACUGGGCUACCAGGUUUGACAACACCAGGACCUAAUUUAGCCGAAAUUCAAAAAGCUGAAAGAGAAAGACGUGCUGAAGAGCAACGGCUAGAACAAAUUUUAGAAUCCCAACGUAAAUUACAACAAAAUGAAUUAAUGGCAUCCAAAGAAAAUGCUCAAGUUAAGUGGAAUGCGACACCAGUUGCUGUUAAAUCUUUGACUGAAAUACAAGCUGAAGAAGCAAAAAGAUUUGCAGCUGAACAAAAUUCGUCAGAACAACAACGAAGAAAAGAUUUAGAAACAUCAUCAUCCCAAAAUAACUCCAUAAAUCCAUUUAGCGGUAUAUGGAAUAUAAGAACAACACCAAAUAGUGCAUGGAACGGUAAUAGUGCAGCUAGUAUUGUUGCUGCCGGUACAAAUAAUAUUAACAACAAUAGUAGUAAUAAUAACAAUAGUAAUAACAACAAUAAUAGUAAUAUAAAUAAUAGUAACACAAUUACGAAAACAUGGGGCUCAACAAACAAUAGUAGUGCAUCAAUUGUUGGAUCUGGUUUUUGGGAAGAAUCCCCAAAAGCAGCAACAAACAGCAAUCAAAUUACCGCUGCUUCUAUAUUAGUAGCUGGAUUACAAACUAACAAUAUGAAUAAUAAAAAUAAUAGCCAACAACUACGUACUGGUUUAAGUAAAAGUCAAACUAUAUCAAGUAUGCAAAGUGUACGUAAGGAUAAUAAUCAACAACAAUCACUAAUAUCAACAUCAUCAUCAGCAGCUAUUCUAAAAAGUCAACCAAAUAUUAAUAAUAAUAAUAAUAAUAAUAAUAAAACACCUAUAAUCAAAUCUGGCAAUAAUUCUGAUUUAAACAAUAGUAAAAACAAAAAAAUGAAGGAUUCUGCUAGUAAUAAUAAUUUAAACAUUAAUAAUAAUAUAAAUAAUAAUAUUAAUAUCAAUAAUAAUAAUAAUAAUAAUAAUAACAAUAAUAAUAACAAUAAUAUUAAUAAUAAUAAUAAUAAUAAUAAUAAUAAUAAUAAUAAUAAUAGUAAUAAUAAUAAUAAUAACAGAAACAAUGGUAAUAAAAAAGAUGAUGCACGUGAUGAAUUUACUAGUUGGUGUGUAAAGUCUUUAAUGGCAUUUAGUUCAGGCCUUGAUGUGCCAACAUUCAUUUCAUUUUUGCAAGAUAUCGAGUCUCCAUUUGAAGUAAAAGAUUAUAUUCGAUUAUAUUUGGGUGAAACUAAAGAAUGUAUCGAUUUUGCUAAACAAUUUUUGGAACGUCGUAGUAAAUAUAAAAAUCAACAAAGGGCACAAAAUGCUCACAUAGAUGAUAUGUGUGUUCCAGCACCGGCUGUUAAUCCUUCAUCAAAUGACUUUCAAGAAGUAAAGGGUAAAGGUAAAAAAAUUAAAAAGAAUAAAAUGACGAAAUUGGAUGCACGAAUCUUAGGAUUUUCUGUAACUGCUGCCCAAGAUCGUAUUAAUGUUGGUGAUCGUGAUUAUGGUGACACAUCUUAAUUUGCUCCGUUAUACGAUUGAUAAAUUUGAUAUAUAUAUAUAUAUGCAUAUAUAUAUUUAUAUAUAUAAAUAUAUAUAUAUAUAUAUAUAUAUAUAUAUAUAUUUAUAUAUAUAAAUAUAUAUAUAUAUAUAUAUAUAUAUAUAUAUAUAUAUAUAUAUAUAUAUAUAUAUAUAUAUAUAUAUUUCAUAUGCCUGUGUAUAUAGAUAUAUAUAAAUAUACUUUUUUUCAUUAACAAUAAAAGAAAAAUGGCAACAAAUAUUGGCUUUUACAAAUAAAAGGUGGAACAAAAAACCAACUAGAAUAAGAAAAAAACAAAACAGAAAUUGUAAAAAUAAUAUUAGAUUUUGUGGAAUAAAAAAAUGAUUAAGUUAAAUAAUAUUCAUACAUAUAUAAUGUAUGUAUAUAUAAUAUAUAUAUAUAUAUAUAUAUAUAUA